GAGGACUGAGAGGCCGCCCGACGACGCGGAUGCGGAGCCUGCGCUCCCGAGAUCAAAGCCACCGGUGCUCUCUUUGUGUCCGCUCGGGAUUCGCCGCCCUCGGGCUGUCCAUGGAAACCUAAACUGCUGGAACCUGAAGCGCAGAACCCGUCUUUGGCUUCUUGCUUUUUUUUUGGAGGGGAGGGUGGCCACUCCGACCUGGAUUUACCGUUCUUGGCCACCCUCAGCCCCCCCGUGCGGGGGGCGGCUGUGAUCGCUCUGGCGGUUGGAGGUCGGGGAGCGGCCCGGGCUCUGGCCAUGUUCUCGGAUGAGGAUUCCUGGAUCGCCCUGUGAAGAGGUCUCCCCGAGAGGGCCCUGCCCAGUCGGAGAGAGGGAUGGAUAGCCAGAAGCCGCCUGGUGAGGAUAAAGAUUCAGAACCGGCAGCUGAUGGACAUGCAGCCUCUGAGGAGUCAGGUGCCACUGAGGCAGACCUUCCCAACCCACAUGUGGUGGAGGUAUCUGUGCCCACUUCUGGGGGUCUCAGGCCUCAGGAACCACCUCAGGACCGCAGUGGGGGUCCACUGCGGCGUUGUGCUCUCUGUAACUGCGGGGAGCCCAGUCUGCAUGGGCAGCGGGAGCUACGGCGCUUUGAGUUGCCAUUUGACUGGCCCCGGUGUCCAGUGGUGUCUCCUGGAGGGAACUCAGAGCACAGUGAGGCAGCACUGCCCAGUGAGGACCUAUCACAGAUUGGUUUCCCUGAGGGCCUGACACCUGCCCACCUAGGAGAGCCUGGAGGGUCCUGCUGGGCUCACCAUUGGUGUGCCGUGUGGUCGGCCGGUGUAUGGGGGAAGGGGGGCCCAGAGCUAUGUGGUGUGGACAAGGCCAUCUUCUCAGGGAUCUCACAGCGCUGCUCCCACUGCACCAGGCUCGGUGCCUCCAUCCCUUGUCGCUCACCUGGAUGCCCACGGCUUUACCACUUCCCCUGUGCCACUGCCAGCGGUUCCUUCUUAUCCAUGAAAACACUGCAGCUGCUAUGCCCGGAGCACAGUGAGGGUGCCGCACAUCUGGAGGAGGCUCGUUGUGCAGUAUGUGAGGGACCAGGGGAAUUGUGUGACCUGUUCUUCUGUACCAGUUGUGGGCAUCACUAUCAUGGGGCCUGCCUGGACACUGCUCUGACUGCCCGCAAGCGUGCUGGCUGGCAGUGCCCUGAAUGCAAAGUGUGCCAAGCCUGCAGGAAACCUGGGAAUGACUCUAAGAUGUUGGUCUGUGAGACGUGUGACAAAGGAUACCAUACCUUCUGCCUAAAACCACCUAUGGAAGAACUGCCUGCUCACUCUUGGAAGUGCAAGGCGUGCCGGGUAUGCCGGUCCUGUGGGGCAGGCUCAGCAGAGCUGAAUCCCAACUCUGAGUGGUUCGAGAACUACUCACUCUGUUAUCGCUGUCACAAAACCCAGGGAGGACAGCCUAUAAGUUCUGUUGCUGAGCAGCGUUCUGCUGUCUGUAGCAGAUUCUCACCCCCAGAGCCUGGCGAUACCCCCACUGAUGAGCCCGAUGCUCUGUACGUUGCAUGCCAAGGGCAGCCAAAGGGUGGGCACGUGACCUCUAUGCAACCCAAGGAACCGGGGCCCCUGCAAUGUGAAGCCAAACCACUAGGGAGAGCAGGGGCCCAACUUGAGCCACAGUUGGAGGCCCCCCUAAAUGAGGAGAUGCCACUGCUGCCCCCACCUGAGGAGUCGCCCUUGUCCCCACCACCUGAGGAAUCACCCACAUCCCCGCCGCCUGAGGCAUCUCGUCUAUCCCCACCGCCUGAGGAAUCACCCCUCUCUCCACCGCCUGAGGAGUCUCCUCUGUCUCCCCCACCUGAAUCAUCACCUUUUUCUCCACUGGAAGAGUCACCCUUUUCUCCACCAGAGGAGUCACCCCCAUCUCCUCCACUUGAGACACCCCUGUCCCCACCACCUGAAGCAUCACCCCUGAACCCACCAUUUGAGGAGUCUCCCCUGUCCCCACCACCCGAGGAAUUACCCACUUCCCCACCACCUGAAGCAUCUCGCCUGUCUCCACCACCUGAGGAGUCACCCAUGUCUCCUCCACCUGAAGAGUCACCCAUGUCUCCACCACCUGAGGCAUCGCGUAUGUUCCCACCAUUUGAAGAAUCUCCCCUGUCCCCCCCACCAGAGGAGUCUCCCCUCUCCCCACCACCCGAGGCUUCACGCCUUUCCCCACCACCUGAGGAUUCACCCAUGUCCCCACCACCUGAAGACUCACCUAUGUCCCCCCCACCUGAGGUAUCAUGCCUAUCCCUCCUGCCUGAGGUGUCACGCCUGUCCCCACCGCCUGAGGAAUCUCCCCUGUCCCCACCACCUGAGGAGUCUCCCACAUCCCCUCCACCUGAGGCUUCACGUGUAUCCCCACCACCUGAGGAUUCACCCACAUCCCCACCACCUGAAGACUCCCCUGCGUCCCCGCCACCAGAGGACUUGCUCGUGUCCCUACCACUGGAGGAGUCACCCCUGUCGCCAUUGCCUGAGGAGCUGCAAUUCUGCCCCCCACUUGAGGAAUCGCACCUAUCCCCCACAACUGAGGAGCUGCGUCUGUCCCCCAAGCCUGAGGAGCUGCGUCUGUCCCCCAAUCCUGAGGAGCCGCGCCUGUCCCCCAAGCCUGAGGAGCUGCGCCUGUCCCCCAAGCCUGAGGAGCUGCGCCUGUCCCCCAAGCCUGAGGAGCUGCGCCUGUCCCCCAAGCCUGAGGAGCUGCGCCUGUCCCCCAAGCCUGAGGAGCUGCGCCUGUCCCCCAAGCCUGAGGAGCUGCGCCUGUCCCCCAAGCCUGAGGAGCUGCGCCUGUCCCCCAAGCCUGAGGAGCUGCGCCUGUCCCCCAAGCCUGAGGAGCUGCGCCUGUCCCCCAAGCCUGAGGAGCUGCGCCUGUCCCCCAAGCCUGAGGAGCUGCGCCUGUCCCCACGCCUGUCCCCUCGGCCCGAGGAGCCAUGCCUGUCCGCUGCAGCCAAGGAACUGCUGCUGCCCCCCCAGCCUGAGGAGCUGUGCCUAUCCCUUGCACCUGAGGAGCUGCACCUGUCCCCCCAGCCAGAAGAACCACAUCUGUCUCCGCAGCCAGAGGAAGCACGCCUGUCCCCCCAGCCUGAGGAACCACACCUAUCCCCCAUGCCCGAGGAGCGACAGCCAUCUCCUGUGCCUGAGGAGCUGCGCCUGUCCCCCCGGCCUGAGGAGCCACACCUGUCUUCCCACCCUAAGGAACCAUGCCUGUCCCCUCGACCUGAAGAGCCCCUUGGGGAGCCAAGCCUAUGCUCUGCACCUGAGGAACUGCCCUUGUUCCUCCCACCUGGGGAGCCAACCUUAUCCCCCUUGCUUGGAGAGCCGGCUCUGUCUGAGCCUGGGGAACCACCUCUGUCCCCUCUGCCUGAGGAGCUACCGUUGUCCCCAACUAGGGAGCCAUCCUUGUCACCUCAGCUGAUGCCACCAGAUCCACUUCCUCCUCCGCUCUCACCCAUUAUCACAGCUGUAGCCCCACCAGCCCUCUCUCCUUUGGGGGAGUUAGAGUACCCCUUUGGUGCCAAAGGGGACAGUGACCCUGAGUCACCAUUGGCUGCCCCCAUCCUAGAGACACCCAUUAGCCCUCCACCGGAAGCUAACUGCACUGACCCCGAGCCUGUACCCCCUAUGAUCCUUCCCCCAUCUCCAGGCUCCCCAAUGGGACUGGCCUCUCCCAUCCUGAUGGAGCCCCUUCCCCCUCGGUGUUCUCCACUCCUCCAGCAUUCCCUACCUCCCCAGAACUCCCCUCCUUCACAGUGCUCUCCUCCUGCUCUGCCACUGUCCAUUCCCUCCCCACUGAGUCCCAUAGAGAAGGCAAUGGAGGUUUCACAUGAGGCCGAGCCGCCUGAGAUGGAGAUUGAGAAAGCCCCAGAACCCGAGUGCCCAGCCUUGGAGCCUAGCCCUACUAGUCCUCUCCCCUCCCCCAUGGGGAACCUUUCCUGCCCUGCACCCAGUCCUGCCCCAGCCCUGGAAGACUUCUCUGGCCUGGGGGAAGACACAGCCCCUCUGGAUGGGACUGACACUCCUGAUUCCCAGCCAGAGGCUGGACAGACCCCUGGCAGUUUGGCUAGUGAACUUAAGGGUUCCCCUGUGCUCCUGGACCCCGAGGAGCUGGCCCCUGUGACCCCUAUGGAGGUCUAUGGCCCAGAGUGCAAGCAGACAGGGCAGGGCUCACCCUGUGAAGAGCAAGAGGAGCCACGUGCACCAGUGGCCCCUACCCCACCUGUUCUCAUCAAAUCCGACAUCGUUAAUGAGAUCUCCAAUCUGAGCCAGGGCGAUGCCAGUGCCAGUUUUCCUGGCUCAGAGCCCCUGCUGGGCUCUCCUGACCCCGAGGGGGGCGGCUCCUUGUCUAUGGAGUUGGGGGUAUCUACAGAUGUUAGUCCAGCUCGAGAUGAAGGCUCCCUUCGGCUCUGUACUGACUCUCUGCCAGAGACUGAUGACUCACUGUUGUGUGAUACUGGGACAGCUGUCAGUGGAGGCAAAGCUGAAGGGGACAAGGGGAAGCGGCGCAGCUCCCCAGCUCGUUCCCGCAUCAAACAGGGUCGCAGCAGUAGUUUCCCAGGAAGACGCCGGCCACGUGGAGGAGCACAUGGAGGACGUGGGAGAGGACGGGCCCGGCUAAAAUCAACCACUUCUUCCAUUGAGACUCUGGUAGUUGCUGAUAUCGAUAGCUCUCCCAGCAAGGAGGAGGAAGAUGAUGAUGACGACACCAUGCAAAAUACUGUGGUUCUCUUCUCCAAUACAGACAAGUUUGUCCUAAUGCAGGACAUGUGUGUAGUAUGUGGCAGCUUUGGCCGGGGGGCAGAGGGCCACCUCCUUGCCUGUUCCCAGUGUUCGCAGUGCUAUCACCCAUACUGUGUCAACAGCAAGAUCACCAAGGUGAUGCUAUUAAAAGGCUGGCGUUGUGUGGAGUGCAUCGUGUGUGAGGUAUGCGGCCAGGCCUCAGACCCCUCACGCCUGCUGCUCUGUGAUGACUGUGACAUUAGCUACCACACCUACUGCCUGGACCCCCCACUGCUCACCGUGCCCAAGGGCGGCUGGAAGUGCAAGUGGUGUGUGUCUUGUAUGCAGUGUGGAGCCGCCUCCCCUGGCUUCCACUGUGAAUGGCAGAACAGUUACACACACUGCGGGCCCUGUGCCAGCCUGGUGACCUGCCCUAUCUGUCAUGCCCCAUACGUGGAAGAGGACCUUCUGAUCCAGUGCCGCCAUUGUGAACGGUGGAUGCAUGCCGGCUGCGAGAGCCUCUUCACAGAGGAUGAUGUGGAGCAGGCAGCCGAUGAGGGCUUUGACUGUGUCUCCUGCCAGCCUUAUGUAAUUAAGCCUGCUGCACCUGUUGCGCCUCCAGAGUUGGUGCCUAUGAAGGUGAAAGAGCCAGAGCCCCAGUACUUUCGCUUUGAGGGUGUGUGGCUGACAGAAACUGGCAUGGCUGUGCUGCGUAACCUUACCAUGUCACCCCUGCACAAGCGGCGCCAGCGGCGAGGACGGCUUGGCCUCCCAGGCGAGGCUGGGCUGGAAGGUUCUGAGCCCUCAGAUGCCCUUGGCCCUGAUGACAAGAAGGAUGGGGACCUAGACACUGAAGAGCUGCUCAAGGGUGAAGGUGGUGUGGAGCACAUGGAGUGUGAAAUUAAACUGGAGGGCCCCAUCAGCCCUGAUGUAGAACCUGGCAAGGAGGAGACUGAGGAGAGUAAAAAACGCAAACGCAAACCCUAUCGGCCUGGCAUUGGUGGUUUCAUGGUGCGACAGCGGAAAUCCCACACACGUGUGAAAAAGGGGCCUGCUGCACAGGCGGAGGUGUUGAGUGGGGAUGGGCAGCCCGACGAGGUGAUGCCUGCUGACCUGCCUGCAGAGGGCUCUGUGGAACAGAGCCCAGCAGAUGCAGAAGAGAAGAAGAAGCAGCAGCGGCGAGGGCGCAAGAAGAGCAAACUAGAGGACAUGUUUCCUGCUUACCUGCAGGAGGCCUUCUUUGGGAAGGAGCUGUUGGACCUGAGCCGGAAGGCCCUUUUUGCAGUUGGGGUGGGCCGGCCAAGCUUUGCACUAGGAACCCCAAAAGCCAAGGGGGAUGGAGGCUCAGAUAGGAAGGAGCUCCCCACCUUACAGAAAGGAGAUGAUGGUACAGAGGUUGCAGAUGAAGAAUCCCGUGGUGCUGAGGGCAAGGCUGAUACACCAGGACCUGAGGAUGGGGGUGUAAAGGCAUCCCCAGUGCCCAGUGACCCCGAGAAGCCAGGAACUCCGGGAGAAGGGAUGCUUAGCUCUGACUUAGACAGGAUUCCUACAGAAGAACUGCCCAAGAUAGAAUCCAAGGACCUGCAGCAGCUCUUCAAGGAUGUUCUGGGUUCUGAACGAGAGCAGCAUCUGGGUUGUGGAACCCCUGGCCUAGAUGGCAGCCGUACACCGCUGCAGAGGCCCUUUCUUCAAGGUGGACUCCCUUUGGGCAAUCUCCCGUCCAGCAGCCCAAUGGACUCCUAUCCAGGCCUCUGCCAGUCCCCAUUCUUGGAUUCUAGGGAGCGCGGGGGCUUCUUUAGCCCAGAACCAGGUGAACCAGACAGUCCCUGGACAGGCUCAGGAGGCACCACGCCCUCCACCCCCACCACCCCCACCACGGAGGGUGAGGGCGACGGGCUCUCCUAUAACCAGCGGAGUCUUCAGCGCUGGGAGAAGGAUGAGGAGUUGGGCCAACUCUCCACUAUCUCACCUGUGCUGUAUGCCAACAUUAACUUUCCCAAUCUCAAGCAAGAUUACCCAGACUGGUCUAGCCGUUGCAAACAAAUCAUGAAGCUCUGGAGAAAAGUUCCAGCUGCUGACAAAGCCCCCUAUCUGCAAAAGGCCAAAGAUAACCGGGCGGCUCACCGCAUCAACAAGGUGCAAAAGCAGGCUGAGAGCCAGAUCAACAAGCAGACCAAGGUGGGCGACAUGGCCCGUAAGACUGACCGACCGGCCCUACAUCUCCGCAUUCCCCCCCAGCCAGGGGCACUGGGCAGUCCGCCCCCUGCUGCGGCCCCCACCAUUUUCAUUGGCAGCCCCACUACCCCCGCCGGCUUGUCUACCUCUGCGGACGGGUUCCUGAAGCCGCCGGCGGGCACGGUGCCUGGCCCCGACUCGCCCGGUGAGCUCUUCCUCAAGCUCCCACCCCAGGUGCCCGCCCAAGUGCCUUCGCAGGACCCCUUUGGACUGGCCCCUGCUUACGCUCUGGAGCCCCGCUUCCCUACGGCACCAUCUACCUAUCCUCCCUAUCCUAGUCCGACUGGGGCUCCUGUGCAGCCCCCGACACUGGGCACCUCAUCUCGUCCUGGGACUGGCCAGCCAGGGGAAUUCCACACUACCCCACCUGGCACCCCCCGACACCAGCCCUCCACACCUGACCCCUUCCUCAAACCCCGCUGCCCCUCAUUGGACAACCUGGCUGUGCCUGAGAGCCCAGGAGUAGGGGGUGGCAAGGCUUCCGAGCCCCUGCUGUCACCCCCGCCUUUUGGGGAGUCUCGGAAAGCCCUGGAGGUGAAGAAGGAAGAGCUUGGGGCAUCCUCUCCUAGCUAUGGGCCUCCAAACCUGGGCUUUGUUGACUCACCCUCCUCAGGCCCCCACCUGGGCAGCCUGGAGUUAAAGGCACCUGAUGUCUUUAAAGCUCCCCUGACCCCUCGGGCAUCUCAGGUAGAGCCCCAGAGCCCGGGCUUGGGCCUAAGGCCCCAGGAGCCAUCCCCUGCCCAGGCUUUGGCCCCUUCACCCCCCAGCCACUCGGAUAUCUUUCGCCCUGGCCCCUACCCUGACCCUUAUGCUCAGCCCCCAUUGACCCCUCGGCCCCAGCCCCCAGCCCCUGAGAGCUGCUGUGCCCUACCCCCUCGAUCACUGCCCUCUGACCCUUUCUCCCGAGUGCCCGCUAGUCCCCAGUCCCAGUCCAGCUCCCAGUCCCCAUUGACACCCCGUCCUCUGUCUGCUGAGGCUUUCUGUCCAUCUCCUGUGACCCCUCGCUUUCAGUCUCCUGACCCUUAUUCCCGCCCACCCUCUCGCCCUCAGUCCCGUGACCCAUUUGCCCCAUUGCAUAAGCCACCCCGACCCCAGCCCCCUGAAGUUGCCUUUAAGUCUGGGCCUCUAGCUCACACUCCACUGGGGGCUGGGGGAUUCCCAGCAGCCCUGCCCUCAGGGCCAGCAGGUGAGCUCCAUGCCAAGGUCCCAAGUGGGCAGCCCCCAAAUUUCGCCCGAUCCCCUGGGACGGGUGCAUUUGUGGGCACGCCCUCUCCCAUGCGUUUCACUUUCCCUCAGGCAGUCGGGGAGCCCUCUUCCCUAAAGCCCCCUGUCCCUCAGCCUGGUCUCCCUCCACCCCACGGGAUCAACAGCCAUUUUGGGCCUGGCCCUACUUUGGGCAAGCCUCAAAGCACAAACUACUCAGUAGCCACAGGGAACUUCCACCCAUCGGGUAGCCCUCUGGGACCCAGCAGCGGGUCCACAGGAGAGGGCUAUGGGCUGUCCCCGCUACGCCCCCAGUCGGUCCUACCACCACCUGUACCCGAUGGAUCCCUCCCCUACCCACCCCAUGGAGCCUCACAGCGGGCUGGCAUCACCUCUCCAGUCGAUAAACGAGAAGACCCAGGAGCUGGAAUGGCCGGCUCUUUGGCAGCACCUGAACUUCCAGGUACCCAGGACCCAGGCAUCUCCAGCCUCAGCCAGACAGAGCUAGAGAAGCAACGGCAGCGCCAGCGACUGCGAGAGCUGCUGAUUCGGCAACAGAUCCAGCGCAAUACCCUGCGGCAGGAGAAGGAAACAGCUGCAGCAGCUGCAGGAGCAGUGGGGCCUCCAGGGAACUGGGGUACUGAGCCCAGCAACCCUGCCUUUGAGCAGCUGAGUCGAGGCCAGACCCCCUUUGCUGGGACCCAGGAUAAGAGUAGCCUUGGGCUGCCCUCAAACAAGCUGGGUGGCCCCAUCCUAGGGCCAGGGGCUUUCCCAAGUGAUGACCGACUCUCCCGGCCACCUCCACCAGCCACCCCUUCCUCUAUGGAUGUGAAUAGCCGGCAACUGGUGGGAGGCUCCCAAGCCUUCUAUCAGCGAGCACCCUAUCCUGGGUCCCUGCCCUUACAGCAGCAGCAGCAACACCUCUGGCAGCAGCAGCAGCAGCAGCAAGCAACAGCAGCAAACUCCAUGAGACUUGCCAUGUCUUCUCGCUUUUCAUCAACUCCUGGGCCUGAACUUGGCCGCCAAAACCUAGGUUCCCCCUUGGCAGGACUUCCUACUCGCCUGCCUGGCCCUGGCGAGCCAGUGCCUGGUCCAGCUGGCCCUGCCCAGUUCAUUGAGUUGCGGCACAAUGUACAAAAAGGACUAGGACCUGGGGGGCCUCCAUUUCCUGGUCAGGGUCCCCCUCAGAGACCCCGAUUUUACCCUGUAAGUGAGGACUCCCACCGAUUGGCUCCUGAAGGGCUUCGUGGUCUAACGGUAUCAGGCCUUCCCCCACAGAAACCCUCAGCCCCGCUGGCCCCUGAACUGAACAAUAGCCUCCAUCCAGCGCCCAACACCAAAGGUCCCACCCUGCCCCCUGGCUUGGAGCUGGUCAGCCGGCCCCCAUCGAGCACUGAGCUUGGCCGCCCCCCUCCUCUGGUCUUGGAAGCUGGGAAAUUACCCUGUGAGGACCCUGAGCUGGAUGAUGACUUUGAUGCCCACAAGGCCCUGGAGGAUGAUGAACUUGCUCACUUGGGCCUGGGUGUAGAUGUGGCCAAGGGAGAUGAUGAGCUGGGCACCCUGGAAAACCUGGAGACCAACGAUCCCCACCUGGAUGACCUGCUCAAUGGAGAUGAGUUUGAUCUAUUGGCCUAUACUGACCCUGAGUUGGACACUGGAGACAAGAAGGACAUCUUCAAUGAGCACCUGAGGCUGGUGGAAUCAGCCAAUGAAAAGGCUGAGCGGGAGGCCCUGUUGCGGGGGGUGGAGCCAGGACCCCUGGGCCCUGAGGAACGCCCUCCCCCCGCUGCUGAUGCUUCUGAGCCCCGUCUGGCACCAGUGCUCCCUGAGGUGAAGCCCAAGGUGGAGGAGGGUGGACGCCACCCUUCCCCUUGCCAGUUCACCAUUACCAACCCCAAGGUAGAGCCAGCACCUGCCACCACUUCCCUAGGCCUGGGACUGAAGCCAGGACAGAGUGUGAUGGGCAGCCGGGACACACGGAUGGGCACAGGACCCUUUUCUAGCAGUGGGCACACUGGAGCCACAGGAGGACCACCAGCUCACCUGCUGACCCCUAACCCACUGAGUGGCCCAGGAGGGUCCUCUCUGCUGGAGAAGUUUGAAUUAGAGAGCGGAGCCCUGACCUUGCCUGGUGGACAUGCAGCAUCUGGGGAUGAGUUGGACAAAAUGGAGAGCUCCCUGGUCGCUAGCGAGUUACCGCUGCUUAUUGAAGACCUGCUGGAGCAUGAGAAGAAGGAGCUGCAGAAGAAACAGCAGCUCUCAGCACAGCUACAGCCGGUCCAGCAGCAACAGCAGCAUUCUCUACUGUCCACACCAGGCCCUGCCCAGGCCAUGUCUUUGCCACAUGAGGGCUCUUCUUCCACUUUGGCUGGGCCCCAACAACAGCUUGCCCUGGGACUUGGAGGUUCCCGACAGCCAGGCUUGGCCCAACCAUUGAUGCCCACCCAGCCACCAGCUCAUGCCCUUCAGCAGCGCCUGGCCCCAUCCCUGGCCAUGGUGUCCAACCAAGGGCAUAUGAUAAGUGGGCAGCAUGGAGGGCAGGCAGGCUUGGUGUCCCAGCAGAGUCCACAACCAGUGCUGGCACAGAAGCCCAUGGGUACCAUGCCACCUUCCAUGUGCAUGAAACCCCAACAGCUGGCGAUGCAACAGCAGCUGGCGAACAGCUUCUUCCCAGAUACAGACCUGGACAAAUUUGCUGCAGAAGAUAUCAUUGAUCCCAUUGCAAAGGCCAAGAUGGUAGCUUUGAAAGGCAUCAAGAAGGUGAUGGCUCAGGGCAGCAUUGGAGUAGCGCCUGGUAUGAACAGGCAGCAAGUGUCCUUGCUAGCCCAGAGGCUCUCAGGGGGGACUGGCAGUGAUCUGCAGAACCACGUAGCAGCUGGGAGUGGCCAGGAGAGGAAUGCUGGUGACCCCUCCCAGGCUCGUCCCAAUCCACCCACUUUUGCCCAGGGAGUGAUCAAUGAGGCUGACCAGCGGCAGUAUGAAGAGUGGCUGUUCCAUACCCAACAGCUCCUACAGAUGCAGCUGAAGGUACUAGAGGAGCAGAUUGGUGUGCACCGCAAAUCCCGGAAGGCUCUGUGUGCCAAACAGCGUACUGCCAAAAAGGCUGGCCGGGAGUUCCCAGAGGCUGAUGCUGAGAAGCUCAAGUUGGUUACAGAGCAGCAGAGCAAGAUCCAGAAACAGCUGGAUCAGGUCCGGAAGCAACAGAAGGAGCACACAAAUCUCAUGGCAGAAUAUCGGAAUAAGCAGCAGCAGCAGCAGCAACAGCAGCAGCAACAGCAGCAGCAGCAGCAACAGCAGCAGCAACAACAACACUCAGCGGUGCUGGCCCUUAGCCCUUCCCAGAGUCCUCGGCUACUCACCAAGCUCCCUGGUCAGCUGCUCCCUGGCCAUGCGCUACAGCCACCACAGGGGCCCCCUGGUGGGCAAGCUGCCGGACUUCGUCUGCCCCCAGGGGGCAUGGCACUACCUGGACAGCCUGGUGGCCCCUUCCUCAACACAACCUUGGCCCAACAACAACAGCAGCAACAUUCUGGCGGGGCUGGAGCCCUAGCUGGCCCCUCAGGGGGCUUUUUUCCUGGCAAUCUUGCUCUUCGAGGCUUGGGACCUGAAUCGAGGCUUUUGCAGGAAAGGCAGCUACAGCUACAGCAGCAACGUAUGCAGCUUGCCCAGAAACUGCAACAGCAGCAGCAGCAGCACCUCCUAGGGCAGGUGGCAAUCCAGCAGCAACAGCAACAGGGACCUGGGAUACAGGCAAACCAGGCUCUGGGUCCCAAGCCCCAAGGGCUUCUGCCUUCCAGCAGCCAUCAGGGCCUUUUGGUCCAGCAGCUGUCCCCUCAACCACCCCAGGGGCCCCAGGGCAUGCUGGGCCCUGCCCAGGUGGCAGUGUUGCAGCAGCAGCAACCACACCCUGGAGCUUUGGGCCCUCAGGGUCCUCACAGACAGGUGCUUCUGACCCAGUCCCGGGUACCAAGUUCACCUCAGCUGGCACAGCAAAGUCAGGGCCUUAUGGGACACCGACUGGUCACAGCCCAGCAGCAGCAGCAGCAGCAGCAGCAGCAGCAGCACCAACAGCAGGGACCCAUGGCAGGGCUUUCUCAUCUUCAGCAGGGUCUCAUGCCACAUAGUGGGCAGCCCAAGCUUAGCACUCAGCCAAUGGCCUCCUUACAGCUACAGCAGCAGCAGCAACAGCAGCUACAACAGCAGCAGCAGCUACAACAGCAACAGCAGCUACAGCUACAACAGCAGCAGCAGCUUCAACAGCAACAACAGCUACAACAGCAGCAGCAGCAGCAGCAACUACAACAGCAGCAGCUACAACAGCAACAGCAGCUUCAACAGCAGCAACAGCAGCAGAUAGGCCUCUUAAACCAGAGUCGAACUUUACUGUCUCCUCAGCAACAGCAGCAGCAAGUGACUCUUGGUCCUGGAAUGCCAGCCAAGCCUCUGCAACACUUUUCUAGCCCCGGAGCCUUGGGCCCAACCCUCCUCCUAACGGGCAAGGAACAAAGCAUUGUAGAGACCACUCUUCCUCCAGAGGCCACUGAGGGGCCCUCCACACAUCAGGGAGGUGUAGCAAUAGGGACUGUACCUGAGGCAGUGCCCACUGAACCAGGGGAAGUAAAGCCCUCACUCUCUGGGGACUCACAACUCCUGCUUGUCCAACCCCAGGCCCAGCCUCAGCCCAACUCUGUGCCACUGCAGCCACCUCUGAGGCUCCAAGGACAGCAGCAGCAGCAGCAAGUUAACUUGCUCCACACAGCAGGUGUGGGCAGCCAUGGGCAAUCAAACAGUGGAUCAUCUUCAGAGGCCUCUUCCGUGCCACACCUGCUGACCCAAUCUUCUGUUUCCUUAGGGGAGCAGCCUGGGCCCAUAACUCAGAACCCUCUGGGCUCCCAACAGCACCAUGGACUAGAGCGGCCCUUGCAAAAUAAUGCAGGGCCACAGCCUGCCAAACCAGGAUCUGUCCCCCAGUCUGGGCAGGGCCUGCCCAGGGCUGGAGUCAUGCCUACGGUGGGUCAGUUUCGAGCACAGCUCCAAGGAGUUUUGGCCAAAAACCCACAGUUGCGGCACUUGAGCCCUCAGCAGCAGCAGCAGCUGCAGGCACUCCUCAUGCAGCGGCAGCUACAGCAGAGUCAGGCCAUACGCCAGGCCCCAUCCUAUCAGGAGCCUGGGACCCAGCCCUCUCCCCUCCAGGGCCUCCUAGGCCGCCAGCCUCAAGUUGGGGGCUUCCCUGGAUCCCAGACAGGGCCUCUCCAGGAGCUAGGGGCAGGGCUUCGACCUCAGGGCCCACCCCGGCUCCCUGCCCCACAAGGAGCCUUAUCAACUGGACCAGUCCCUGGUCCUGUUCAUCCCACACCUCCACCAUCUAGCCCACAAGAGCCAAAGAGACCUUCACAAUUACCGUCCCCUAGUUCCCAGCUCCCCUCUGAGGCCCAGCUCCCUCCCACACAGCCAGGGACCCCAAAACCCCAAGCGCUGCCCUUGGAGCUGCCUCCUGGGAAGAUCUCACCUGCUGCUGCCCAGCUUGCAGAUACCUUAUUUGGCAAAGGGUUGGGACCUUGGGAUCCUCCAGACAACCCAGCAGAAGCCCAGAAGCCGGAGCAGAGCAGCCUGGUACCUGGGCAUCCAGAGCAGGUGAAUGGGCAGGCGGUGCCCGAACCAUCCUAUCUCAGCAUCAAGCAGGAGCCUCGGGAAGAGCCAUGUGCCCUGGGAGCCCAGGUGGUGAAGAGGGAGGCCAAUGGGGAGCCAAUAGGGACACCAGGUACCAGCAACCACCUCCUGCUGGCAGGCCCCCGCUCAGAGGCCGGGCAUCUGCUCUUGCAGAAGCUUCUACGUGCAAAGAAUGUGCAACUCAGCACUGGGCGGGGGCCCGAGGGGCUGCGAACAGAGAUCAACGGGCACAUUGACAGCAAGUUGGCUGGGCUGGAGCAGAAACUACAGGGUACCCCCAGCAAUAAGGAGGAUACAGCAGCCAGGAAACCUUUGACACCGAAGCCCAAGAGGGUACAGAAGGCAAGCGACAGGUUGGUGAGCUCCCGAAAGAAGCUGCGGAAGGAGGACGGGGUCAGGGCCAGCGAGGCCUUGCUGAAACAGCUAAAACAGGAGCUGUCCCUGCUGCCCCUAACGGAGCCUACCAUCACCGCCAAUUUUAGCCUCUUUGCUCCCUUUGGCAGUAGCUGCCCAAUCAAUGGGCAGUGCCAGCUGAGGGGGACCUUUGGAAGUGGGGCACUACCCACUGGCCCUGACUACUAUUCCCAGCUGCUUACCAAGAAUAACCUGAGUAACCCGCCGACACCACCCUCGUCGCUGCCCCCCACCCCACCCCCAUCGGUGCAGCAGAAGAUGGUGAAUGGCGUCACUGCAUCUGAAGAGCUGGGGGAGCACCCCAAGGAUGCCGCCUCUGCCCGGGAUACUGAAGGAUCACUGAGGGAUGCUUCAGAGGUGAAGAGUCUAGACCUGCUGGCUGCCUUGCCUACACCCCCUCACAAUCAGACUGAGGAUGUCAGGAUGGAGAGUGAUGAGGACAGCGAUUCUCCUGACAGCAUUGUGCCGGCUUCAUCCCCCGAGAGCAUCCUGGGGGAGGAGGCACCUCGUUUCCCUCAGCUGGGCUCAGGGCAGUGGGAGCAGGAAGACCGGGCUCUCUCCCCUGUAAUCCCCAUCAUUCCUCGGGCCAGCAUUCCAGUCUUCCCAGAUACCAAACCUUAUGGGGCUCUAGACCUGGAGGCCCCUGGAAAGCUGCCUGCCACAACUUGGGAAAAGGGCAAAGGAAGUGAGGUGUCAGUCAUGCUAACGGUCUCUGCUGCUGCAGCCAAGAAUCUGAAUGGUGUGAUGGUGGCAGUGGCAGAGCUGCUAAGCAUGAAGAUCCCCAACUCCUAUGAGGUGCUGUUCCCAGAGAGCCCUGCCCGGGCAGGCAUUGAGCCUAAGAAGGGGGACGCUGAGGGCCCUGGUGGGAAAGAAAAGAGUCUGGGAGGCAAGAGCCCAGAAGCUGGCCCUGACUGGCUAAAGCAAUUUGAUGCCAUGUUGCCUGGCUAUACUCUCAAGAGCCAGCUAGACAUCUUGAGCCUCCUGAAACAGGAGAGCCCUAUCCCAGAGCCACCCACCCAACACAGCUACACCUACAAUGUCUCCAAUCUGGACGUUCGACAGCUCUCCGCCCCACCUCCUGAAGAACCCUCCCCACCCCCAUCCCCCCCCUUGGCAUCUCCUGCCAGCCCCCCUGCUGAACCGCUGGUCGAGCUCCCAGCUGAACCCUCAAUUGAGCCACCUGUCCCCUCGCCUCUGCCCCUGGCCCCCUCCCCUGAAUCCACCCGGCCCAAGCCCCGAGCCCGGCCCUCUGAAGAAGGUGAAGAUUGUCGGUCCCCUCGGCUCAAGAAGUGGAAAGGGGUGCGCUGGAAGCGUCUGCGGCUGCUCCUGACCAUCCAGAAGGGCAGUGGGCAGCAGGAGGAUGAGCGGGAAGUGGCAGAGUUUAUGGAACAACUUGGCACAGCCCUGCGACCUGACAAGGUGCCUCGAGACAUGCGGCGCUGCUGCUUCUGUCAUGAGGAGGGUGAUGGGGCCACUGAUGGGCCUGCCCGUUUGCUGAACCUGGACCUGGACCUGUGGGUGCACCUCAACUGUGCCCUGUGGUCCACGGAGGUCUAUGAGACCCAGGGUGGGGCACUGAUGAAUGUGGAAGUGGCCCUCCACCGAGGACUGCUAACCAAGUGCUCCUUGUGCCAGCGCACCGGUGCCACCAGCAGCUGCAAUCGCAUGCGUUGUCCCAACGUCUACCAUUUUGCCUGCGCCAUCCGCGCCAAGUGCAUGUUCUUUAAGGACAAGACCAUGCUGUGUCCAAUGCAUAAGAUCAAAGGGCCUUGUGAGCAAGAGCUGAGUUCUUUUGCUGUCUUCCGACGGGUCUACAUUGAGCGGGAUGAGGUGAAGCAAAUCGCUAGCAUCAUCCAGCGGGGAGAGCGGCUGCACAUGUUCCGGGUAGGGGGCCUUGUGUUCCAUGCCAUUGGACAGCUGCUCCCUCAUCAGAUGGCCGACUUCCACAGUGCCACUGCCCUUUAUCCCGUUGGCUACGAAGCCACACGCAUCUACUGGAGCCUUCGCACCAACAACCGCCGCUGCUGCUACCGCUGCUCUAUUGGUGAGAACAACGGUCGGCCGGAGUUCAUAAUCAAAGUCAUGGAGCAGGGCCUGGAGGACCUGGUCUUCACUGAUGCCUCUCCCCAGGCUGUGUGGAAUCGCAUCAUAGAGCCUGUGGCUGCCAUGAGAAAAGAGGCCGACAUGCUGAGGCUCUUCCCUGAGUACCUGAAAGGCGAGGAACUCUUUGGGCUGACGGUGCACGCUGUGCUGCGCAUAGCUGAAUCACUGCCUGGAGUGGAGAGCUGUCAAAACUAUUUAUUCCGCUAUGGACGCCACCCCCUAAUGGAGCUACCACUCAUGAUCAACCCCACUGGUUGUGCCCGAUCAGAGCCUAAAAUCCUCACACACUACAAACGGCCCCACACCCUGAACAGCACCAGCAUGUCCAAGGCAUAUCAGAGCACCUUCACAGGCGAGACUAACACCCCGUACAGCAAGCAGUUUGUGCACUCCAAGUCAUCUCAAUAUCGGCGGCUGCGCACUGAGUGGAAGAACAAUGUGUAUCUGGCUCGCUCCCGCAUCCAGGGCCUGGGGCUUUAUGCAGCCAAGGACCUAGAAAAGCACACAAUGGUCAUUGAGUACAUUGGCACCAUCAUUCGCAACGAGGUGGCCAACCGGCGGGAGAAAAUCUAUGAGGAGCAGAAUCGAGGCAUCUACAUGUUCCGGAUAAACAAUGAACAUGUGAUUGAUGCUACGUUGACCGGAGGCCCUGCCAGGUACAUUAACCAUUCCUGUGCCCCUAACUGUGUGGCAGAAGUUGUGACAUUUGACAAAGAGGAUAAAAUCAUCAUCAUCUCCAGCCGGCGAAUCCCCAAAGGAGAGGAGCUGACCUAUGACUAUCAGUUUGACUUUGAGGACGAUCAGCACAAGAUCCCCUGCCACUGUGGAGCCUGGAAUUGUCGGAAAUGGAUGAAUUAAAAAGCUUUGAGGCUAC